CCUUGUUUUGAGAGGAAGAGAGCGUUCGGCCGGCGCUCUUGUGUUAUCCCCACGGCAGUGGAGCUGGCAUUGCCCCGUAAAGUCGCGCCGCGGCACACUUUGCUCCGGUGACAGCAGCAGUGACACCGUGAAUACAACGGGCUUCGCGAUGGCGAACGACGCGCAGGAACGGGCCGCACUUGAACAGCUGAAGGAGACCUUGAAGGACGUGUGGCAAGAACAGUUCACCGACGCAUACCUGAUGCGAUGGCUUCGAGCCCGAGACCUCGACGUGGACAAGGCCGGUGACCUUCUGCGCAAAAACCUGCGAUGGAGGGAGGAGAACAAAAUCGACACCUUGGUCGAGCGGUACGAGUGCCAUCCAAUCAUCAAGCAGUACUUUCCUGGCGGAAUCUUCAACCAUGACCGGGAAGGCAGUCCAAUCUACAUUAUUCCAAUAGGCAGCGGCGACUUCAAAGGCAUGCUACAGUGCCUGUCCAAGGAAGAGUUGGUCAUGUACGUGGUCUACGUGCUCGAGUGUAUGCAGCGGGAGAGGGAGAGCCAGAGUCGCAAGCUGGGAAAACUUAUCGAAAAGUCUGUGUUUUUAUUCGACUGGGAGAACUUCAGCCUCAGGCAGGUGUACUCUUGGCAAGUGGUGGACUACAUACGAGCACUGGUUGGUCUAUACGAGAACAACUAUCCAGAGACCCUGAAGCUUGGCCUCCUCGUGAACACGCCAAGCUUCUUCCCGGUGUUCUGGAAGCUUAUCCGGCCAUUCCUUAGCGAAAGGACGGCCGGAAAGGUUAAGAUCUUCUCUAAAGAUGGUUGGCUGCCGAGUCUGCUGGAGUACGUCGACCCGAGUCAGCUGCCAGCACAGUGGGGAGGAACCAUUGUGCACCCGGAGGGUGGAGCACGCUGCACUCACAUAAUUGGGCCCGGAGGUGAUCUUCCAGACGCCGUAAGCCGCGGCGGAGGCGCACUGGCUGUCGACCCCGAGGCGGUCAGCUGCUUUCUGGAGCGUGGAAGGUCCAUGGAGGUGCCAGUCGAGGUUGAGGUGCCGGGUGCCAAGCUUCACUGGAGGUUGCAGGCGAAGGACGUCGGCUUCGCCCUCUGGAGGGUCAGCGGAGAAGACCGCGUUCAGGUGCUCGCACCGCGAAGGAUCGCCUGCGAUAAGGAUCCCGAAUGCGGGCAAAUGCACUGCGAGCAACCUGGAACAUACACAUUCACGUUCGACAACAGUUUCAGCUGGUUCAACGGGAAGCAACUCUCAUACGUCAUACGGGUGCAUCACGAAUCCAUAUCCAGCCCUGACGAAACCACUAGGUGCUGAAAAGAGAUUCGCCGGCCUCCAAGUCGGACCUUGUACAGCAGCCUCUGGCCACACAUGUUCGUGAACAAGCUUCUGGUCUCGUUUUUAUAACCGAGUGUAUUUUUUAUUCCUAUUACAAUAAAUG